CAGAAGAAGGAAAGAUCGAGAGAGGAGAGCAGAGAGAUAAUGAUUGCAACCUCCUGUUCUCCAUUAAAAUACGAGCAGACCCUGGGCACUUAAUACAGCACAUAAACAGCAAAAACACAUUGAGGGAAACAUACUCAAACGUGGUUUCCCAAAUGGGAAUAAGAAGGAUCUCCACACAAGGCUAUGAGUCCAUCAGACCUUCCUCCAUCAUUAAAAUUCUGUAAUUACACACCUGCCGCCACCAAGACCACCACCUGCUUUCUCCAGAUGUCCCAGGAAACAUGGGUAGUGUCAGCAGUUUGAUUUCAGGCCAUAGCCUCCACAGCAAACACUGCAAAGCCUCUGAAAACAAAAUCAAAAAGGGGCUUCAGUCUAAGAAAACAGGCCGUAGCUUGGAUGGCCUUCUGAAGUAUGGCUUCUCUCAGGACCAUUGCAGCACCAACAACAGCUCAAAAGUCAGCUAUCAUUCAGGCAAAAAUGACGACUUCUUUUACAUCAAGGUCAGCAACAAGCCCCGAACUGCUAACAUUAAUACAGCUGAAGACAGUCAAGGAAGAACAACUGAGAUGGACAAUGAAGUGGACAGGAGAGGAGGGCCACCAGAAUUAGUUCCGCUGUCUGGAAAACUAGAAAAGAGUAAAGAGAAUGCUUUAAUUCGACCCACCGCCUUCAAACCCGUUCUUCCUCGAAGCAGCAGUUCCUCGGUGGAGACUUAUAACAACUUGAGCACUAUCCUGGGCAAGAGAAUUAGUCCUAUAGACAGGCUAAAAGAUCUUCAGGACCCCAAGCUGGAGACAAAUUCUGGUACCUUCUCUGACUCUGGAAGGAACUCUAUGUCCAGCCUGCCCACUCACAGCACCAGUGGCAGCAGCCAGAUGGACAACCUAAGCACAUCAAAUAACCACAUGGCACGCCGCGGAGGCCUUGCCCAAAACAUGGACACAUCUCAGAACCCACAGGCGGGUGUAGCAGGGAUAAAUGGAAACUCUGGAUCCAGUUGGAUGUGUAGUGGGACUAACGGUGGAAACGGGUGGGCCAAUGGAUUUUGUGAAACAAACAGAAACAGUGAGUCGACGAAUGACAAUACGAGAUCUAUUGGUGUCCUAAGCGAAAGUGUGGCGGCAGCAAUAAGUAUGAACAGAGAAAUAACUGCUGCAGCGCUGACUGUUUCAUCCACCGAGCCAAAGAUGGAUUUCUCUGGAAACCAAGAACUGCUUCUGGAACAUAGAUUUACAAUUUCAGAGCAAAGCCCGACAAAACCAUCAUCUUCUGGGGGCUGUGUCCGAUCACCAAUUUCGAUGGAUGAAUCACUGAUACAGCAGCUGGAGCAGAAACUUCUAGAACGUGAAACCGAGCUGGUGGAGUUACAAACGAGCCUUGAUGAGAAGGAGUCAGACACAUGUCAUCUAUUUGAGGAGAAGCAACGGUACUGUGCUGAGGAGAUGGAGGGGUUGAAACAACGUUGUUCUACAAAACUCCGUCAAGUGUCUCAGAGGGCUUUGAGAGCCCAACAGUUAUUGCAGCUUCAGGUGAUACAACUUCAACAGGACAAGGAACGUCUGCAGGAGGAGGUGGACCAGCUUAAUCGUGACCGGGACACUGCAGAAAGCCACCUCCGAAUCUAUGAGAGACAGAAAAACCUAGUACCCACUCUAGAAGAGACUCAGUGGGAGGUGUGCCAGAAGUCAGGUGAGAUUUCUCUGCUAAAGCAGCAAAUUAGGGACUCCCAGGCCGAUGUUGGAAACAAACUCAGUGAGAUUGUCAGUCUCAAAUCCUCUCUGAAGGAGUCUAGAUGCAAGCUGGAAGAACUGGAAAAGAAGAUCAAGGAGUACGAGGAAGCACUUCACCAGCGGAGCGCUGAGGUUGAGGUAUCUAAAAAUGAGUUUCAAAGAAAGAAGAAUGAAGCUGACCUCCUCAGGGAGAAGGUGAACAUGCUGGAAACGGACAUCAAGGGCAUGAAGCAGGACUUAGCAAUGGCCAAAGAGGCGCAACAACAGCUAAUGACCAUGAGAGCCAAAGUUGAGGAGCAACAGCUGCAACUACAGAUAAGCCAAGCCCGGAUGGAGGCCUUUGGGACUGGUCAAGCCAAAUCGAAAGCCCAGGAUGGAACAAGUGCCAGUAAAACACUGAAUCAUAAUGGAGGGACUGCAAACUUGGAUGCCCUACAGAAGGAUGUAGAGAGGCUGAGAGGGGAACUGAAGGAAGAGAAGCAAAAGAAACAUAAAAUGAUGAAUAGCUUCCAGCAGGAGAGACAAACGUGGAAUAAAGAGAAAGACAAAGUAAUCAGAUACCAAAAGCAGUUGCAGUAUAAUUACCUACAGAUGUACAGAAAGAACAAGGACCUGGAGAAGAUUCUGAGGGAGCUAACGGCUGAGAUGGACAGUCGGACAGAGAUGGACAUGGACAGCCAUAGCUCUGACCUGAACUUUGAAAAAAUUGUAGCUACAGAGAUAUGAGGUCAUAGGAUGAAUGUUUUCACAAUUAACCGAAUGGUCUUAAAAGGGUGAAUGUAUUAGUGGGUGGAAUUCACAAAGCAAAAUUUAAAGGGAAGAAACAUGAUGUCACCGAAGUUUUUAAGAUGUCAUGAGAUGCUCGAAACUCAAGAGUAUAGCAUCACUUGUACAUACCACCAAAAGCUUUUCUCCUUUUAGAUCUACCACUUAACUUAAAAUCUUAGGAUGUCAUCCAUGUGCAUUUCUGAAUAAGUUCCUAUUAAAUGUUCAGUAAGCUAUUUUGUUUAUUAGAAUUACACGCUUACUUAAGAUAUCUCACUGAAUUAGUGUUCCAUCAGUAACCAUCACAUCUGUCUCUGUGGCAGCCGUAAAUUCUGUAAACUCCAAAUAAUUGACCACGAUUAGAUUCUUUGUUUAGCCAUUUAAGCAUUUUCUGCCUGUCAGUCAUUUUGUGCAUUCAUAGGGCAGCCAGUGAAUAGGAAGCAGGUGUCUUAAAAAUGUGUGGCGGUUGAGACUUGAAUAAUUUAACUUAAACUAUUAACCAUAUUAAGUUUCAUAAGCAGUUGACAGUUGUUGGUUCGUCAUGCAAGGAUACUAUUUUGUUAGCAUUUAGCUUUGCAACAAUGAGAUGUGCUACUGUUUUCCUGCUAAUCUCUGAAUACAAUGGUAAGGGUUAUAGAAAGUGUGUGCAAGUCUAAUUUAGAGAUUAUUUUUGCAGAAGUUUCAGAAUGGCUAACAUUGCUUACAGCACCUUUAAUCUGUGCACAUCCAACCAAAUGCUUACCUCCCUCUAAUCCAAACAAUCCAGCUCUUCUUGCCUAAACCUCAAGCAGUUGUACAUUCUCACUACAGGGUGACAAAGUGAUAUGAAUGUUUUAUUUGCUGUAAUUGCUAGUUUUGCACUCUCUCUUCCUUUUUAUAUGACAAGAAUCUUUAUCACCAGUGUCUUGGCAGACAGGCUCAUAGAAACAAUCUGUGUACAGGAAUAUAGUAGCUCAUACAGUGAGAUUAUGUCAUGUUGAAUGCAAAUGCUCUGUUCACAAAUGUCCAGACACAUAUUUCAUUGUUAAUCUAAAGUAUUUCACAAUUCCUUCGCAUCUUUUUAACAGUACUAUACUAUCAACUUUGAAGCCUAGACAUUGUACAGUUUUUGUUAGAAAUUUAAAAGUACAGUCAAGUCACUUUCACUCGCAGACACAUGUGUGGGACAACAAGGGUUAAUUUAAAAAAAAAACACAUUUGUACUACAGGAAUAUAUAAUUUUGAAAUGAAACUGACUCUUUUGAACCAAAAUAUUAUUUUAACUCUAUUUUAUCUUUUCUUCUAAACAAAAAUAAUAUCCUAGCUUUUGUUUUCCAUUCAAGAAAAGUGGAUGUUUUUCACUGCCAAACCACAAAAGUUGUUCACUCAUAUAGGCUAUUCCUUGUGUGAAAACUCUCAAAUCUCAGUUGUGUUUUGUUUGUGGCAGGAUUGUUCAUGUAACAUGAGAGCCAAUGCCGUUGGGCUUCAUGAAGACAAACAUUCCUCUAAGGAUGACAUUUUCUUCUAAUUGAAAAUAAGAAUUGAGAUUUGAGAGAUUUGUAAGGGAAGAUUAUCAUUGAAUAAAGGCUUAAAUUUUGGUCUAUUCUACAAGCAAAACAACUGUAUGACUUGUAAGGACCUUGAACAUAGCUCAUGUGGACUACUUUUAUGUUUUUGGGGAAAAUAAUACUUGGUUAGAACAAUAAGAGUGAGUACAUGAUGACAAAAUGCUCAUUUUUGGACCAGUUCUGGAAUUGACUGAAGGAAUUGCCAUCCUGGGGAAAAAGAUAGGUCUUAAAACUGACUGAACAACCAUUUUACUCUCCAGUAUGAGUACUGAAUUUUAAUUAGUUAUCACUUCAAAAUGCUAUCUAUAAAAAGAUUUAUCUAGCUAGAAGAAGCCUGAUGGUACAACUGUAUGUUAUACAGAGAUGAAACAAGUUUUUUUUUUUUUUUACAGCUGUAGAAAAACAGGUGAUGAAACAAGAUGGCGAUAACAGAGUCGUGCAUUCUCCUUUAGCACUUAGAUGUAAUACAAUACUAUACUUAACCGUUCACAGGACAACUUUUCCUUUUUUUAAGAUUAAGGUGGGCAGCACUGAGACUGUUUCCGUUUUUCAUUGCACAAAUUUGUUACCCAAUGUUUCAUCAUACAAAAGCCCCCAAAAAGCUGACUUGUAAGUUAUCAUCCCUAGAGCUUCCAGGAGUUUUGAUUUGAUAACAGCAAACUGAUAAUCAUAUUAUUGAUGGUGCAGGGUGGUUGUGGGGUGUAAGGCUGUCUCUAGAUGCAUUUGAAUGCAUGUAUGCUGUAUAUUUCUUAUUUAUUUUAAGUAAAUAAAUUAAGAUUUUUUUUUCUGAA